AUGGGUGAUAGAAGUGACAAGGAAGGCCAGAUAACUCUACACUACCCUAUGCUCUCAAGAAACAACUACGUUGUGUGGGCCAUCAAGAUGAAGGUUUUCAUGCAAGCCCAAGGUGUAUGGGAAGCAGUCGAGCCCAGAACGACCAACACCGUAGUUGAAGUAAAGAAGGAUAAACUAGUGAUGGCUGCCAUCUAUCAAGGGAUUCCUGAAGAUCUCUUGUUAUCGUUGUCAGAAAAGCAAAUGGCCAAGGAGGCAUGGGAUGCCUUGAAGACAAUGUACUUGGGGGUAGAUAGGGUUAAGACAGCAAGGGUGCAAACAUUGAAGAUUGAAUUUGAAGCUUUGAAUAUGAAAGAAUCAGAAAUAGUUGAUGAGUUUUCUGUCAAGAUCUACAAUAUUGUAAGUAAUAUUCGAGCCCUUGGUGAUAAAGUUGAAGAAGCAUAUGUCGUGAAGAAAAUGCUUCGUGCAGUACCAUCCAAAUUCCUUCAAAUUGCAUCCACCAUUGAACAAUUUGAAGACUUGUAUGUGAUGACUGUUGAAGAAGUAGUAGGCAGAUUAAAAGCCCAUGAAGAAAGGAUUAAAGAGCAUGGUGAAGUGGAAGAAAAGAAACUCUUGCUCACCCAUCAAGAGUGGUCUGACAGGAAUAAGAAGCAAAGUGAAAACUCUACUAAGAAGGCUAACAAGUCGCAUAGAGGAACUUCUAACAAUCCAAAGGGUCGCGGUAGAGGUUCUAGUAUUCGAGGAGGCCGAGGAAGAGGCGGCGGUUAUCAACAGUGA